AGACUUUUGAUGUCGAGGCGAUGGCACAGAGAAUGAUGUUAAUGUAACGAAGGAAGGUUGAACGAUGCCCAAGGGCGGGUGUUCUAAAACACCACAGUCUGAAGAUAAUCUGCUUAACGACAUGGUAGAGAAGCAGACUGGGAAAAAAGAUAAAAUUUCUGGUAGCAAGACGCCCAAGUUAGAUCGAACUGAUGGAGGGAAGGAAAUGAAAGAUAAGCCUUCAAAAAGGAAGCUGCCAUUCAGUGUUGGAGCAAAUGGAGAUCAAAGGGACUCUGAUACAGAGAAACAAGGUCCAGAACGGAAAAGGGCUAAAAAGGAGCCCACUCCUCGAAAAGGUACUUCGUUGUUUGGAAUGGGGCUGGCUGGAAUCCGAGCAGGUUAUCCACUGUCUGAACGUCAACAAGUUGCCUUGCUGAUGCAGAUGACUGCAGAGGAAUCUAUGAACAGUCCAGUAGCUACAACGCCAAAGCAUCCUUCCCAAUCUGCUGUUGGUCAGAAGGGAACUCCCAACUCAGCUUCUAAAACCAAAGAUAAAGUAAAUAAGAGGAAUGAGCGAGGAGAGACGAGGCUUCACAGAGCUGCUAUUCGAGGAGACGCUCGGCGAAUUAAAGAACUUAUUAAUGAGGGAGCAGAUGUCAAUGUCAAAGAUUUUGCAGGGUGGACAGCAUUGCAUGAGGCGUGUAACAGGGGUUAUUAUGAUGUUGCUAAACAGUUGCUUGCUGCAGGAGCAGAGGUCAACACAAAAGGUUUGGACGAUGAUGCACCUUUACAUGAUGCUUCAAAUAAUGGUCAUUAUAAGGUCGUAAAACUGUUAUUACGAUAUGGAGCAAACCCAAAUCAGAGUAAUAGGAAGGGCGAGACACCUUUAAAAAUAGCAAACUCUCCCACCAUGGUUAAUCUUCUCCUUGGAAAGGGCACCAAUUCCUCUACUGAAGAAAGUUCAACAGAUUCAUCAGAAGAUGAAGAUGCUCCUUCUUUUGCCCCUUCAAGUUCUAUUGAUGGUAAUAACACUGACUCUGAAUUUGAAAAAGGUGUGAAACAUAAGACCAAGAAUUCAGAGCCACUGAAAACAGCAACACCAGUGAAAGAUGAAUAUGAGUUUGAUGAAGAUGAUGAAGAGGAUAGAGUUCCUCCUGUUGAUGACAAACAUUUAUUAAAAAAAGACUUUAGAAGUAAGAUGAAUAAUUUUAUCCCUAAAAUGGAGGUUAAAACUUACUCAAAAAACAAUUCUAGUACACCAAAGAAAACUCCAAGACGCAUUUUGUCAGAUUCAUCAGAUGAUGAAGAUAGAACUCUAGCUUUUGCCCCAACCCCUACAGGAAAGCUUUCUACACACUCCAUGUUACCAGGAAGCAAGACUUGUGAACUUACCAUCACAAAACAGCAGAAAGAAAAGACUAAAGUAAAGAAAAAGAGAAAGAAGGAUGCAAAAAAUAAAGAGGUCCAUUUUAAUAAAGUUAAUGAAAAGUUUUGUUCAUCAGAGUCAGAGACUGAACAUGCAGACACUGAGGAGGACGAUGAUAGGGUUGCUGUUCAAAACUCUAACUGUGUAAAGGAAUCAGACUUGAAUCUUAAAGAUUCGGCUGUGUUCAAUUCUCUUUCUGCAUCUUCCACCUCUUCACAUGGUAAUUUAACUUCACAAAAGCAUACUCCGGUUUUUACAGAGCAGCAUUCCAAACACUGGAGAACAGACAGUUGGAAAACAGCAUCUUCCCCAGCUUGGUCCGAUGUCAGUUCCUUAUCAGAAUCGCCUGGAUCAAGGCCGAGUGAUUCUGAUUACACAUCUGAGGACUCUACAUUGGAAGCAGUAAAGCAGGUAAAAAAGAAACUAGAAUAUAAAAAGAAAAACAAUCCUGUUACUGUAGUGUCAGAGAAAAGAACUUCUUUGGACUAUUUAAAAAACUCUAGUGUGGAUGGAGGUAUUCCAAAAAUAGACAAAGAAGGAAAAACUGUAAAAAAACACAAAGUGAGGCACAAACACAAAAGUAAAUGCAAAGAAAAGGAUAAAGGUACAAAUGUGACCAGUAAUCAAGACACAGUGAUGCAAAAAAACUUUACUUAUGAUUACGAAGAUGCACGACCAAAAAUUGAUAAAAUCUUUGUCGUCGAACCAGAAUGUGUUGUUGACAGUAAGUCGAAGCCUUCUAAACAUGAGAAAGACUAUUUUAAAAAGGAUGAAAAAAUAUUCAAAUUAAAGUCAGAAGACAAGGAAUGGACAAUUAAGGAUGAAAUUGGGAAAAACUUAAAGGAGGAAAAAGCAUCAAAAAAAAGUAAACAUAUAAACAAAGACAUCACUAAGUGUUUGAAAGAGGAAGAGAAAUCACUAAAGCCUGAUAAAGACCGUUCUGUAAAAGAUAGAUCACCUAAGGAUGAAAAAACAAGAACUCACAAAGAGGAGAAAAAGAAAAAAAAUAAGGACAAACAGUUGAAGUUAGAAAAGAAGAGUGAUUCAAAAGAAGAAAAGGUAAGAACCGAAAAAGAUAAAAACCCUAAAGAUGAAAAGAAAAAAGAGAAAAACUACAAAGGCGAACCUGACUAUGAAGCCUUUAACAAGAAACAGUUUUUAGAAAAUGAAGAAACAAAAUUUAGUGUUUCUGAUGACCAGCAGGAAAGGUGGUUUUCUGAUUUGUCUUCUGACUCUUCCUUCCUUAUUGUAGGAGAAGAUAACUGGGAUGGUUCAUUAGAUUAUGCAGACCACAAAAAUGAUAUGGUUGCUAAACUGAUAGUUGAAACGGUAAAAGAUGAUAGUAAAGACAAGAAAAAAGAUAGUAAGAUGAAGGACAAGAAAGAACACGGUGAGAAACGCCAUGAAAAAGAGACUAUGAAAAAACGUGAAAAGGAAUACAAUGACAAGAACUCAGAAAAGAAGAGGGACCAGAUUGAUAAACACAAAUCUGUUCAAUGUUUUCUUGAAAAAGAGAAGAAAAGAAAAGAUUCUGUAGAAGGUGUAAAAGAUAAAAAAGAUAAAGAUUCCAAUGAUUGUAGUAAGGAGCGUAAAGAUUCUUUGGAUACCACCAAGGAGAAAAAGGACAUUAAAAUUAAAGAAGAAUCUUAUAGAGAGGAACUUAAAGAAUAUGGUGGUGAAAUGCAUCUCAAGGAGAAAUCUGAUUCUGAGUUUAAUGGAAAAAUAUUCGACACAAGGGAAAGACACCAUUCGGGCAAAGAGAAAGACAAGAAGGAGAUAACAGAGAAAGACAAGAAGGAAAAAUUUAAACUAGAAAAACACAAGGAGAAGCCAAAAGAUGUUGAUAAGGAAAAAGCAGAAAAAAUUACUGUUGAGAAGUCAUCAAAAGACAAGAACUGUGAAAAGGGUUUCAGAGACAGAAAGGAUUCAAAAGAGAAACAUAGCAAAGAUCAGUAUAAUAAAGAAAAGGAACGGAAAAUAUCUACAGAUCAGAGUAAAGACAAAAAAGAUAAAGGUCAAGAAAAAACUGACAGAGAGAAGGAGACAUCAGAAAAACGAUUAGAAAAGGGGAGAGAGAAGAACUGGUAUAAUAAAAGUGAUAUCUUUACUGAUGAAAAUGAUGAGAAAGACCAGAGCAGCUUGCCUUACAAAUUUAGUGAUGCAGUCAGUGAGCGACAGGAUAGAGAAGAUUGUACUGGAGAGAAAGAUAGUUAUCAAGGUGACAAAACAAGAAAGUACUCUUGCGAGAGACAGCAUUCCACUGAAAAACAAAAAGAAAUUAAAGAAAAGAAAAAAGAUAAAGUGUUAAUAGAUGGUGGCAAAGAGAAAAAGGAGAAACUGUCUGAGAAACACAAAGAUAAAAAAGAUGUUGGAGACCCUAAGUAUAAAGACAGAAAAGACAGAACUUCAGUAGAUUCAAAUCAGGAAAAGAAAAACAAGCCAAAACUGCCUGAUAAAAUAGAAAAGUGGCACCCAUGUGAUGAAAAAGCUAAACUUAAGCAUAAAGAAAAAAAUGAAAAAGAACAUGUAAAAGAAAGGAAGCCAUCUAAGGUAACAGAAGUUGAUAAGAGUAUUUUAGAGAAACUGGAAGAGGCACGCAGUGAAUACAAAGAUGAAUCUGACAGAAUUAGUGAGAUCUCCUUGGACAGUUUCACAGACCAAGGACAAGAGUCUGUGUUAAAUAAUCCUUAUGACUCAGCUUUUUUAACGGAGCUGACUGAUGAAAAACUGAAAGAUUCUUUCUCUGUAUUCUACCAGCAUGAGAAACUUAGAGAGAGACACAGACAUUCUUCAUCAUCUUCUAAGAAGGGACAUGAAAAAGAAAAGAUUAAGAAAGAAAAAUCAGACAAGGGAGAAAAGACAGAAGAUUUCAAGGAAGCCACUGUUAGGAAAGAAAAUGUGCAAUCUGAAAAAGAUGCAUCCAUUUUAGAUGGAGAAGUUUUUGGGUACACCUGUAUAAAAAUGGAAACUGAAGAUGAGCACGCAAAAGGCAGUGAUUUUACGUCCUUGGACAAAAAGGAGAAAAAUGAGCCUGAAAAGGAGAUUUCUAAAAAGACUGAAAAAGAUAAACUCCAUCUGUCUUUCAGUUCAGAAAAAUCCAAAGAAAAGAAGAAAAAAGACAAGCAUAAAGACAAGGUUAAAGAAGAGAAAGAGAAAGAGAAACACAAAGACAAAUAUACUGAUUGCACCUUAAGACAUUACAAAGAGGAGCAGAAAUUAGGGUUUAAAGAGAAGGAAUGUUCACACAAUGCAGUGAAAGAAAAAACAAAAGAUGAGAUUUUCAAAUUGGGUGAAACAAAGGUAAGGGAUAAAGUUAAGGAAAACCCUGAAAAAGACAAUAGAGCUGACCCUUUAAAGACGAAAGAAAAGGAUUCAAAUGAUAAACUUUGUGCAGCUAGAGAUGGAAUUCGAAAGGAGAGUAAGCCCAGGGAAAAGUUAUUGGGGGAUGGAUACUUGCAGAUGACUAGCUUUGAAAGAAUGUUGAGCCAGAAAGACUUGGAGAUAGAGGAGAGGCACAAAAAGCACAAAGAGAGAAUGAAGCAGAUAGAAAAGAUGAGGCACAGAUCUGGUGAAACCAAAGUGAAGGAUAAAGGCAAACUGACUGAAGAAUCCCGAAAGAAGAAUGUUGAUUUAACAGGUAAAAAGACAGGUAGCCUUGACUUGCAGCUCAAGGAGAAGAAGCCACAGGAGCCCUUAACUACAAUUAUGUCUCCUGAAAGGAAAACCCAACCUGCUUUUUCUGAUUCAAAAGACUGGCUUUCUAGUCCACAGAUAAAAGAAACUUUGUCUGCUUCUCCAAGGCCAGAUCAUAAUCAUAGCAAGCCAACUGGUGUUGCAACACCAGCAUUGGUAGCCUUAUGUUCAAGUUUUGAAGAUGUGAUGCAAAAUCCGCGAACACCAUCUUGCAGUAAUGAGGAUUAUACAGAUUUAUUUGAUAGCGUUGAAUGUCAGAAUUCACUGCCAACACCAACAAUGUCCAUGAAUGCAUGUUCACCUAGUUUCUUUGACAGGUUCUCAAAUGCAUCUACUACUGUUUCAGACAACCCUAGUCAUACUCCAAAAUCAAGUGCUUCUGCAAGUUUAUAUCGUUCAGUGUCUGUAGAUAUUAGGAGGGUUUCUGAAGAGGAAUUUAAAAUUGGAGAUAAGUUCUAUAGACAACAGAGUGUACCCACUGUAUCUGGUUAUGACUCUCCAGUGCAACAGUCACUGGAGGAUAAAUCUGCACCACUCCAUGUUUCAUCUGACAAGUUCUCUUGUUUAACUCCAGAGUAUUUCUCUCCUGAGUACAGUAUGCCUUCACCAAGAGUAGAAUCUAUGAAUUCUACUACAGAAAGUGUCAAUAUUUCCCAGUCACCUGAGUGUGUCUACUCUGAUUUCCAGUCCAGUGCAUCUCCUGCUCAUACAGAACAUACAGACCAAAAUCCAGUUACCUCUGUUGAGGAUAGCAUGCACAUUGACUUUGAUAUAUGUAUAGAUUCCGUAGAACAGCAGCAAGCUGCUGCUUCUAUUAUGCCUCCAGAAACUAACUUUUUACCAGCUGCUGAGGAAAAUGAUAUCAAUUCAAGUAUUUCUGAACAAAAAACAGAUUGGACUGAUUCUUCUCUUGUAAACUCAGAGCUGAACCUAACUCCUAGUUUAGUUGUGAACCCUGGAGAUCAUUCCUUAAGCUGGACUGCUGCACAGGAUGUUUUACUGAAGUCUCCUCAAAGACCUUUCUGUUCUUCAGAGUCUGUAAAUUCUGCUACACUACAAUUCACCCCUGAAGUUUCUAACUUUCCUGGUUCUCCUGUGUCUUUUUCUGGGACAGCAUCUGAACCUCUUCUUGACGCAAGUGACAAACAAGACAUGAAAGAAAUAACUCGGGAAGAUGUAGCACUUGCAGUUUGUGAGACACCGUCACAUUACAUGUCUCCUGCUAGAAUAGACUCAUUUUUUACAAGACCACAUCAAGAUGAGGGCUCUGUUGACGUUCUGCCUGAGCCACCGUGCAUGCCUUUAGAAAAUAUACCAGAUGUCAGCACAUUAGAAGAAAAUUUCAUUGAUGAUAUUGUACCUGAAGGUCCCAUUCAAAACAAUGACUCCACAUCCCAUCUACCUACCCACACCCACCCUCCUCAUAUCUUUGCUACUAACUCGCACCUUGACACAGACUUGCACCAGGCAACACCAUGGCAUGAUCCCUUUGUGAGUUCAGUUGAAGACUUAGAUCUUGGGCCAUUCUCUCUUCCUGAGCUGCCACUGCAAGACAGAGAGAUACAGGAUACAUUGAUACCUGAAGCUGUACCUAUGCAAUUAAGUCCUGUUGCAGGCUCUGAAGAGAUGAAGCAUGAUAUUGAAAAUGUCAGUAUUCUUGACUCUGACUCUGCUACUGCUGUUGAUGUAGUUAUGCCGUCUGCUUCUCCAGUUGUUCCAUUAGUUAUGGCUAGAGAUAGAGACCCAGUAUCUGAGGAAGAUGGAUUGAAACCUGAGUUGCAAGAUUCUAAAAUGGAAGAGAGCCAAGUGCCUGUAACAAAUAUCAUGGAACUCGCUGAAGAUGCUAUGGAAAACUCAUUUGAGAAUUCAUUCCAGUUUGAUCAGCCAUUGAAAACAGAACUGGAUGUCAGUGCUGCUGAAACCUUUUUGCCAGUGUCACCAGUGUCCAUCAAUAACAGUUUACAAAAUGGGCCAUUUCAAGCUGAUACAGUCCAGAAUGACAUUGUACCAGCUGUUGAAAACUGUGUUACUCAAACCAUUAGUGCAGUUACUCAAAUUAUGACUGCAGAGAUUGCCGAUGCUCAAGGUAGUAUUCAUAUAGAAGAUGCCCCAGAACCAGUAGUAAAACCCAUAGUAGAAAUUCCCAAGCCUUCCAGAGUAGAUGAUGUACCUCCCCGAAUCACCAGAAACAGAGCUCAGAUGCUUGCUAACCAGAAUAAGCAAAAUAUGUCCACUGUUACCACAACAGAAAAAGAACCACAUUCCAUUUCUGCACAAUCAACAAGAAAUAAAGCUAGAAUGGGGGAAGAUGAUGAUAAUCAAACUCAGCAUCCUCGUAAAAGGAAAAUCCAGCGCUCAAACCAGCAACCCCAGCAGCGUUACACAACUAAUCAACAAACCCGAGAGAUGAUACAACAAGCAUUAGCAGCUAUUGUGGAUGCAAUUAAACUGGAAGAUAUAGAGCCCUAUCAUAGUGAUAGGUCAAACCCAUACUUUGAAUAUCUUCAGAUUAGAAAGAAAAUAGAAGAAAAAAGGAAAAUUCUCUGCUAUAUUACACCUCAGGCUCCUCAAUGCUAUGCUGAGUAUGUUACAUAUACUGGUUCCUAUCUGUUGGAUGGCAAGCCUCUAAGUAAACUUCAUAUUCCUGUGAUUGCUCCACCACCCUCCUUGUCAGAACCUCUCAAAGAGUUAUUCAGACAGCAGGAAGCAAUUAGAGGAAAACUGCGGCUCCAGCAUAGUAUAGAGCGGGAAAAGCUUAUUGUAUCUUGUGAACAGGAAAUUUUGCGAGUUCACUGUCGGGCAGCAAGGACUAUUGCCAAUCAGGCAGUGCCUUUUAGUGCAUGUACAAUGCUACUAGAUUCUGAGGUCUAUAAUAUGCCUUUAGGAAACCAGGGAGAUGAAAAUAAAUCAGUGAGGGACCGCUUUAAUGCUCGCCAGUUUAUCUCUUGGCUGCAAGAUGUUGAUGACAAGUAUGACAGAAUGAAGACAUGCUUGCUAAUGCGACAGCAACAUGAAGCUGCAGCCCUCAAUGCAGUGCAGAGAAUGGAGUGGCAACAGAAGGUACAAGAAUUAGAUCCAGCUGGGCACAAGUCACUGUGUGUGAAUGAAGUUCCGUCAUUCUAUGUGCCAAUGGUUGAUGUUAAUGAUGACUUUGUGCUUUUGCCAGCAUGACAGUAUGACAGUAAAAACUUCCUGGCAGAAGUGUGGCAAGAACUGAAGGGCUUUACAGCCAUGUUAGACCUUAAUUUCAUCUUAAAAUUGCUUGCUGAUGAUCCCUAGUGACCGAGGAGGCAGCAUCUUCACAAAACAGCGUUUGCACUAUCUUCAGUGUUUAGACACUUCUGUACCGGAGGCAGAAGUGAGUCUGAAAGGUGGAAAUCCAUGCCCUUCACUCUCCAAACCAGCCAACUUACAAAAAAAUGCAUAUAGCGAUGCAACACCAGCAUGUCAAAAAAAGAGGCUGCACAUGGAGAAGUGGUGCAAGUACAAAAUCGUUUUGUAGUAGCUGCUGAGCAAGUCAUUGCUGUCCACACGAUUGCUAUAAUUGUGAACGGUGGCAGUAAAUGGGCUGCAGAUUCACCUAAGAAUUGCAGUACAAACUUUCAAAGCAUUUAUCUCCACUUCAUAUGGAGGGAAUGCAGAAAAGGGUCUUAGGCCCCCCUUAAGUUUAAAAAAAAAAGACUUUGGUCUGGAGUUAAAGCUGGAUGGAAUCUCUGUAGUUUCAUACAGGGAUGUUAUCUCAUCAAAUUCAGUAAUGCUCAUAAUUAUCAUUGUUUUAAGACAUGUCACAUAGUAACUGCAAAGACUGUGCAUGCAGUUCACUCUUGUCUGUGAUUGGUCACCUGCGCUAGAUCACCUAUGUUGGCCAAGGCGAAAUGUUGCCCUGUCUUAAAUGAUAAAAAUGAUGCCCUGUGUAAGGCAAAGACUGACUUUUGAGCACAUAUAAGUGGAUUCUUCUACUUGUAGUUUAUAUUUUGUUUAACUUUUGGGCAUUUUGUUUCUCUUUAUGAGAACAUCACUUGAAACACUACAAAGCAAAUAUUUGUUUAACAGAAAGAAAAAAUAUAUUGUUGUGUCCCAUAAAUCCUGUACAGUUUUAUACACUUUAACCAAUCUACUUUUGCUGCCUUCUAGAUAAUUUAUUUUGCAACACAUUACUGCACAGUUGUAAAUAUUUUAUGUACUGUAACAUCUGUUUCAGUUGCUUGUAAAGAAAAGAUAAAUUAAUUAAAUAUCUUUGUAUGUAUAGUUUACAUUAGGCGGCACUUUUCCCUUGAAAAAUGAUGGGCCAAAAAUAUGGGGUAUUUUGUAUGUUCUUUUGGGGGGAGGAUAUUCUGUGUUUCUUCACUGACAGGUCUCCAUUGCAUAAAAGAGAAGUAGUCUGCUGCAGCACAGAAUUGCACAGAUGGCAUUCCACAUUCAGAAGAGCAUGAUAUCCUACAGACAAUGUCCUUUUUGCCCCUAAUAAAAUAUAAAAGUAUCACAUUGCAUAAUAAAAAUGUGUGAUUUUAUAUCAGCUUAAAGUGUGAAUGUAAGCAUGUAUCUAAGAGGGUAAAGAAGUUCUGAAAGGUGUUGUGGUAUUCAUCAUGCUGUAUGAAAUACCUUGAAGAAAAUAUUCUCCAAAGACAAUUUGUCUUUCACCCUCUAGGGCUUCAGUUUUGCACACACACAAAAAUACAAAGGAAAAUGUGCACAUGCGGUUUCAGGCACCUUUCUUGCGUACUUGUAACAGAGUUUGUUGGGAAGUAAAUAUCAGUGGUUGGACUUUGCCAUUAGACUUAUGAUUUUGUGGCCGAAAAGAAAAAAAGGAAUUUUUUUUAUUGUAGGUAGCUGUUAAAAUAGACUGAAUGUAUUCUGGUUCAGAAAUUUGCAUCUUCCAAAUUUUUGUUAGGAUCAUACAAGAGUGAAUAACCUUGUGAGCGUAUUUUUUAAUUCCUUGUUUGUGUUUUUAAAUUAAGGUCGACACAGUAUAAAUUGGUUUUAUAAUUCUUUCAUAAUGUCACUACCAGUCUAAGUUUUAAUUUAAUAUGUUGCCCUUCCAAUUUCUGGCACUGCAUCUGUUCCAUUGUCAUCAAGACAGCUGGUUAUCUGUAAUUCAAGGAACAGAGAAGUGUACUUCAUAAUUUAGUUAGCUCAGAGACGUGGCCCAGUUAACAAGUAGUUGGCAAAGACUAUACUUUGCAGAAUGUUCUGUAAAAUGAAUUAAAUAACUUCUAUUUUAACUUUAAAAUUGUUUUUGUUUCCUUACUAGAUAAAGACAUUCAGUAAGUUAGGAUGUGGGAUACCUCAGUUCUUUUGUUUAAGCCUGUGGUAGAUCUCUGUCAUACAUUACAUGAUUUUAAUGUAUAAAAAGCAAUAUGUUGUAGUGGUUGAGAUAAGGUUAUAGAUAGCUCCUAGGCAUACAAUCCAGGAGCCCCACUGAUAGGGUUUGCCCGAUUUCCCAGUUGCCCCAGAGCACUAAGUGACUUGCUCAGAGUCAAACAGUAUGCAAAUUGAGGCUGGCGGAAUCAAAACUCAGAAUGAUAUAUAGAAGGUAGCUUUUGAACUCAUAACCUUAAUCUUGUGUGCUAACUAGCAGCCUGCUAGGCAGCGAAACUCAAAAUCUCUGAAUUUAAAAAAAAAAAAGAAAACGUUCACACUGUAACUUGGAGCAUGUAAUUUAAUUUCCUUUAUUGUUUCCCUGAGAAGGGGACUUUUGUUGACAUUGAACCUGUCUGUGCACCUAUAGAUUAUUCUGAGGUACUUGUAGCUGGUAAAUUAGUCUACUCUUAAUUUGUGCAAUAAGAAGAGCCCAGAUGCCUCAAGAUCUUUUCUGUGUAAUAUGAUUGUAUAGGCAGGCUUCAUGCAUUUGUGCUCUGGAGCGUUUCUUCCCGGGCCUCUGCUGAAAAUUGGCUUUGUUCCAAGUUGGACUUUCCCAGUAAACAAAUGAUAACUAAAUAUAAGUUUAUCACUGUAAUUUGCUUUGCUUUCAUGUUGGUGUAUUUUAUGUGGAGCACAUAUUGAAGAGAGUACUGCUUUAAGUAUUAGAAGUCUGGUCCAGCAGUGUAAGCAGCACAUUAUUUGACUAUCCUCUUAUUAGCAGUAUACUUAAGACAUUUCACCCAAAUUAUAUUGUUUCCCCAUAGUCCCCUUGAUUGAUUUUUUUUUUAUUCUGUAGAAUGGCUUUGCCAUCCUGGUUCCUAUUAACAGUAGAGAGGAAGAGAUUUCUGAUUGGUGGCCUCUCUGUGUUCAUGUUUUAAGAAUUCUGUGCACAUUUGUUUUGUGUGUAUAGAAGUAACAGUUGGCAACUGUACCCAUCAUGCAAGUAUUUUGCAUUUAUUAUGAGCAGCAUAACGUUUUGGAGAAUCCUUGAUGUUAAAUUUUAAUUGUCGUUCUAUACAUAGCUUUCCUAAUGUUCAGCAACUCAUGCUUGGCAUCCUUGCCCUAUAUAAACACUUAAAAUUCUUUGUUUCAGUUUCUUGAACUGUGUUGAAGGUUGGAAUACUUCUUUUUUUUUUUGUACAUCAGGAUUUAUUAGAGGCA